AACCUGUGUCGGGGCCUGCCCCGUGCGCAGGCGCGGCUGGCGGCGGCGAUGGGCGGGCGGGUGACCCGCGUGUUCCGGAAUUUUAACGUGGAGAACCGGGCUAGCCGCGAGAUCAGCAAGGAGAAGCCCACGCCCGCGCCGCGGCACCCCACCGCCCGACCGGACGCCAUGGCCGAUAGCCCAGAGAUAAAAGAAGAAGUUCUCAGAAAGGAUGAUAGGUUCCUCACCUUGCUAAAAGAUGUUUAUGUGGAGUCCAGAGAUCCACCAGUGCGGGUAAAAGAUGGAGGUGGUGAACAUCUUCCAUGUAAACAGGAGGAAAAGAGACUUACAAAAUUAGGCCACUUGGAAGCUCUAGAUGUUAAGAAAGUUCCCAUAGGCAAAAUUUCCAUUGUGGAGGCUCUGACACUUCUUAAUAAUCAUAAACUUCAACCUCAAAUAUGGACUGCAGAGAAAAUAGCAGCAGAAUACAGUCUGGAACUGAAGGAGGUCAACUCUCUUCUGGAAUUCUUCAUUCCUUUCGCUGUGCAGGAAUUUCCUAAAGAAACCAAAAAAGCCAUAAAAAGUCAUAAACCAAAACAGUUAACAUAAAAAUACUUGCCAAAACCUUGUGUGAUCUCACUCGUGUCUUCAUUUUACUCUCAAGUAUAUUCCGUGUCUGAAAAUUCAGAGUCGAUAACGUGUCAUCCACCAAGGCUGCUUCCUUAUGCCAUUGAGAUGUAUUCCAGCAAUUUCAUUCUAUAUUGGAUGGCUUCAGUGAAAUGCAGCAAUUACAGUUUGUAAACCAGAAUAUGACUAAUAUGUGGUAUGAGAGCAUGUCAGACAAUUCUGAUUAUCCCAUUCUAAUGUUACGAGUUCAGUUAUAGCAUUUUACCUUAACUGAUUGCCUUCCUGAGCAGAGACUUCCUGGCCUGCAGCUGAACAGGUACUCUGUGGGUGUUGGCUCUGUAAUUUCAUGUUGCACUGUUCUUUCAAGGACUUGCUGUCAAGGUGUGUGUAUAUAACAAACAGCUGUAUUUCUCUUGUAUAAGAAUGGAAUAGUGUUUAUACUUUGUAAAGAAGGUUAGCCACAAGAGCAUUUGGGAAAUUCAGCUGUGUCAAACAUAAAAUAAAAAGAAGGUGAACAGCAAGAAGGCCUCUUUCUGGUGCUGGAACAGCAAUGGCUCAUACGUAACUCCUCUUUUACUCUAUUCUGAUUUAGAUUAAAUACCUGCACCUCUACAGGUGCUGUUAGUCAGGGAGUUUAUAGAGUGAUGAUCUUCUGGCAUAAGUCUCUUGCAGCAGCCCAUGGCAUCUGCUGUAUGAGAAACAAUGCUUCAUAUUAACAGGUAGCAAGGAAAUUCAACUGGAUGUACUAAUUGGACCCACUAGGAGGACUUCCGUGAAUGUUUGCCCAUCCUGUUACAACAAUCCUUUUUCCCUGUGGAGGCCUUUUCUGAUCCAGAUGUGGGCUAGAUCAGGUCACGUUUACUCACAGCAACUUACUCCCAUGCUACAUCUAGGCAGAUGACACAAGGGUGACACGAACGGCGAGGUAGUAGUGGUGGAUUGUAACCUCGAUACUGUGACUGUUCACAUCUGUGUAGGUAAGAAGUUUUGCACUGACGAAUAAUCCUGUAGUGCAACAUGGUCAGAUAAGCUGGGGAGAUGGGGCAGCAGAUAACCAGAACUGAUAUUUAAAAAUGCAUUAUUGGUUGCCUUGCUUCAAAAAACAAACCCAAAAUGUUUAAUUUUAUGCUCAUCACUAAAAAAGGUGAAUUUAUUUAAAGGGUAUAAGUCAGUACCAGGUUUACAAUGUAACUUUCUUUUCAAGAACUUUUCUGCCAUGUCUUUGAUUCAGAGUCUGGUAAAUGUCUUACCAAGAAGAUGAUCAGCUUUGUUAUUUCACAGCAAGAUUCCUUCAACUUCUGACCUGUAACAUGGUAUCUCCAGUAGCGUUUGCCACAGUGUAUAUCAAGGUUGUGCUUGCUUGAUUAAAAUCUGAAGUACAUAACACUGUACCAUAGUGGAAGAUAACACUAUGUGCAUUGUAUAAAAAUUCAAAAUUGUUAGUCUUUGGA